GUCACGUGUACAUCCAUAGGCGGAAGUGACACUCGACAUCUUGAUGCGGAAGAGAUUCAGAACAAUUGAAGAUUUCACCAAAAUGAUAACAAAACACUAACCAGAGCUAAUAACGUCGUGUUGUAGCUAUUGUACGUUGAUCUAUUGAGACUAGAGUAAAAAAAAUUUGGCAAUUGUACGUAUCCAGCAACCAUGGCUAAUAACAAUUUACAGAAAGCCAUAGAUCUUGCAAGCAAGGCUGCAGAGGAGGACAAAGCUAAAAACUAUGAGGAAGCUCUCCGGUUGUACCAACAUUCUAUUCAGUACUUCCUUCAUGUUGUGAAGUAUGAGGCCCAGGGAGACAAGGCCAAGCAAAGCAUCAGGGCAAAGUGUGCAGAGUACCUGGACCGAGCAGAGAAGCUGAAGGAAUACCUUAAGAAGAAGGAGAAGGCUCCUCCAGCCAAGCCUGUCAAAGAGUCUGGGUCUGAUGACAAAGGGAAUGAGAGUGAUGAAGGUGAAGGUGACCCAGAGAAAAAAAAGUUCCAAAAUCAACUCUCGGGUGCCAUUGUCAUGGAAAAGCCAAACAUCAAGUGGAGUGACGUAGCUGGGCUUGAGGGUGCAAAAGAGGCCCUUAAAGAAGCUGUCAUCUUGCCCAUCAAAUUUCCUCACCUCUUCACAGGAAAGCGGACUCCAUGGAGAGGGAUCUUGCUCUUUGGCCCUCCUGGUACAGGAAAGUCUUACCUGGCCAAGGCUGUGGCCACAGAAGCCAACAACUCCACCUUCUUCUCUAUCUCCUCAUCUGACCUGGUGUCAAAGUGGCUGGGGGAAAGUGAAAAGUUGGUGAAGAAUCUGUUUAGCCUAGCCAGGGAGAACAAGCCCUCCAUCAUCUUCAUCGAUGAGAUAGACUCUCUGUGUGGCUCCAGGAGUGAGAACGAGAGUGAAGCAGCCCGCCGCAUCAAGACUGAGUUCCUGGUCCAGAUGCAGGGUGUUGGAAAUGACAAUGAUGGAGUCCUGGUUCUAGGAGCCACAAACAUCCCCUGGACAUUGGACUCUGCUAUUAGGAGAAGGUUUGAGAAGCGGAUCUACAUCCCUCUGCCUGAGGAGCACGCCCGCUCCUUCAUGUUCAAGCUACAUCUAGGCUCCACCCCCAGUGAGCUCAUUGAAUCAGACUAUGUGACCCUUGGUAAGAAGACGGAAGGCUACUCUGGAGCUGACAUCAGCGUCAUCGUGAGGGACGCCCUCAUGCAGCCAGUCAGGAAAGUGCAGUCGGCCACUCACUUCAAACGGGUCCAAGGAUCGUCAUGGAACCAUCCCAACCUCGUGGUAGACGACCUCCUGACCCCAUGCUCACCAGGAGAUCCAGACGCCAUAGAGAUGACCUGGAUGGAUGUUAAUGGGGAGAAACUCAUGGAGCCUGUUGUUUGCAUGGCUGAUAUGCUGAGGUCACUGCACAACACCAAGCCAACCGUGAACGAGCAGGACUUGGAUAAACUCAAGAAGUUCACAGAGGACUUUGGUCAGGAAGGCUAACACUCAACCAGAGAAUGCAAACCCAACUUUCCUUUCUCUUGUCCUUUUCCUCCACUGGUUCUCAGGCUUGUAUUUACUACUCUACUUUCUCUCCAAGUUACAAAGGGGUUUCAUGUAUGUUGACUUGUUUGCUUAUUCUGCUAAUACAUACGCAUAGUACAUUACUUUUUUCUUUUUUUUACGAAGCCAGAUAAGAUUGACUAAUGUUUAAGAUGGUGAUGGUCUCAAAGAAUAUGGAUUCAAGCAAUGUAUUCAUAGUUUAUGCUGUCUGUUUUUGCCUUGAUGGCAUCAAACUAACAAUGCAUGUCAUGGUGCAUUACAGCAACUCCUCCAAAAGGCCUUUACUCCUUGAAGUACAUUUAAGACUUAACAAGAUAGAUGAGGAUUGCAGGUUUUGUUGUACUGUAUGGUGUUAGGACCUAGUUAGUUUACUUGACUAGGACCUAGUUAAACUUGAACUUUAACUAGGACCGAGUUAAGUUUUUAUUUAUUUAUUCAUGUUGUAUCCAAGAAGGCCUAAGUCUGUAACGUUCACUCUGUUGGUGGAGUAGCACUCAUUGAAGCGGACCAUAUCAUGAUUAAAUAUCAGCAACUUUAAUUUGAUUUCAACUUCCUUUCAUUGUCUUUUUUGUACAAUAUUCAUAUUAUUUUGCUGUAGGCUGUUUUUGAAAGAAGGCGUUAGUUUGAGUUCCUUGCUGUUCAACAGCAAGUAAAAGUACUUUGGGAUGGGUGGGUGGGGCUAUGUUAUAAUUAAAUAAAACCCAAUGAUUGAUCUGAAAGAUGAAUCGGUAAUUGAGUGUGCAAUAAUGUUUGGUCAUUUUUUUAACCUGUACCCCUUCAAUUGUACUUAAUACAUUUUUGCCCACUUCAAAUGUUUUGUACAAGUUGUGCCUUGAAAGAGAAUCAAUGUAUAUCCUCUCUCACUUACUACUAAAGCCGAUGAAACUUCAGACACCCUAUGAAAGAGACACAUAUUCAGACAGUUACUUACUUAUGAUUGUAUACAGUUCUUUCUAUAACCUCUGACUUAAAAAACACAAAUGCUAUAAAUCUCAAUGUACAGUAUAGUCAUUCAUUCUCAUUUGAGCUGUUCACAAAUAUUGUCUGGUCACUGGGAUGAGAUUAGUCUAGUGUUGAACAAUGCUGAGAAGGGAGGGGUUUUUCUUCAUAAAAGAAGAAUGGUCAUUAUGUUUUCUUUUGAAAAUACUGUUAACAUCUAUGGCUGUGGGGUUUCCUUGAAAUAUAUAUUCAGGUUUUUUUCUGGGAUGUUCCAGAGGUAUCCAGUUGUUCUAAUCUUGGUGUAUAUGUAAAUAAAAAUAUUACUUAUUGAAA